CUUUGUAAUUGAUUUUCCUCGUCGCUUUUCUUCUUCUUCCUACUAUGUCUGACCAGUGCACUAUAUGUCGCCACAGCUAUACCGAGCCAGCUUCGAUACCUUGCGGACAUGUCUACUGCCUCAAAUGCAUAUCCAGCCAUAUAUUGUCGAGUAGCCCUGACGGAUUUACAGCUACGUGCCCUGCUUGCAAGACAGAGUUCCCUAUUGUCCUUCCAGAGGUGAGCGCCAGCUCUUCCACUUCUCUCCCCUUGCCUGUUUUCUUCCCCCAGCUCCACACUCUCCCCGAGAAAUUCUAUCGCUACGUCGCCCCGAGCGUCCGUUUUGAGUCGUCCAAUAUCCCUGAAUAUUGUUUGGCUUAGGACUACGACGCCUUCCCGGAAGCGAGCCAGGCCCGGCAUGUACAGCUUAAUUUUCAAUGCACAAUUAGCCCGCCGGAGGCGUGACUCGUUACUCUCGCAGCAACUCGACACUUGAUCGAUAACUACCU